AAUAGCAGAUAACAGCUGUUAUCUAUGAUCUGACUCCUGACAUCCGCUUGUACUCUAACCUAUGCGAAGUUAGUCAAAAAUCAAAAUCAACAAUCAACAACCAACAAUACUUAAUACUACCGCAUGAGUUUUAUUUAAUAAUAAUAUUUGUAAAUCCUGUACAAAACAAUUCAAGACACUUAAACUUUUUCAGUUAUUUGUCAGAUAAGAUUUUUAAAUAGGAAACAAUGUCUAUCAACAUUGAAGGAACAUUUGUGUCACAAAAAAUUAAUAAAAUUCGAUGGAUACCUGAAGAAUAUGUGGAAACUAAACACUUUUUUACUGGCAGUUGGGACGACGAUGAAAACUCUGUAAAAGUUUGGACAUUUGAGAGUGUCCAUGAUGAUGAAAAUGUGGAAAAUCCGCGCGAGUUGUCAGAAUAUAAAGUGGCGGGAGAUGUUACGGAAAUAAAGCUAACUGAUAAAAACAAAAUUGCUGUGUCUUUAUCCAACGGGGAAGUAAGGUUGCUAGAGAUCAGUGCUUACGAAAGAAACAGCCCACUGAGAGAAAUAUACACAUGGAGCAAAUUACAUCAUAUUAAUUCCGAAAGAUGUUCUUGUACUGCCCUGGACACCUUUGAAGGUGAUAUAGUAACUGUAGGUGAAGAUGAGAAAGUGAACAUACUCAACGGCAGAAGGGGGGAUGUAACUAGAUCAAUUUCAGAUACUGACAGUUGUUCUAUUCAUUCUGUCUGUUUUCUUAAAUUAAAUGAGGUCAUAACAGGAAAUCUAAGAGGACAUAUGAAGAUUUGGGAUAUCAAAAGAGAUAGCAACAAACCUGUGGCGUCAUUCCAUUUUCCUGGCGAAGAAGUGGCAGCAACCUGCAUUGUCCAACAUCCAACUCAACCGCAUAUAAUUUUAGCUGGUAGUGAAUGUGGCUCUUUGGCAGUAUGGGAUUUACGUAUGAACAAAUUCCCUACUUCCCAAUUAAGUGCACAUUCAUCCGGUGUUACUGAAAUGCAAUUUCAUCCAGAAAACCCAAACAAAUUAAUAACAUGCUCGUUGUAUGGUGAUGUAUGGGACUGGAAUAUGGAAUCAUUGACAAAGAAAUCUGGUGAUAGCUAUGUACCCCUAGAUGACAAAGCUACAAUGAAUGUGACCUCGCUAAUCCCCACUUUACAUAAGGCAGUUAAUUCAAUCCACUGUAGUAAAGGAAGAGUAUUGUGUGCUGCUGAUAAUGAAGCCAUAUAUCUGAUCAAAAAUCUGAAAUAUUAGUUCUUCUUGUUAUAUAUAUGAGUUUGUUUUAAGAAAACAUAAAUUAAAAA